GUUACAGUUUUGUUUGAAGGAAUUACAACCAUAGAGGGUUGGACUGGCCAGUCCGGAAAGAACACUGCAACACCACACGAAAUAUUUGAAUGUUCUAUUUUUCUUCGAGAUAUAGUCUAUUUAAUUCUUUAAGCAUCGACCGUCUGAUUGAUGCAUUUCUAUCACGAUGUUAGCGCAUUACCCAAAUGUGGAAAAAUCCCAGCUGGUCAGCUAUGUUGAAGAUUACCUUGAAUGUGUUGAGUCUCUCCCUUUGGACAUACAGCGGAAUGUUUCAUUGCUUUGGGAAAUCGACACAAAGUAUCAAGAGGUCCUGAAUGAGGUGGACGAUGUGUACGAGCGUUACAAGCGUGAGACAGAUGCAGGUCAACGCAAGCGCCUUCAGCUCCAGCUGCAGCGAGCCCUCAUCAGCAGCCAGGAGCUCGGGGACGAAAAGAUCCAUGUGGUGACCCAGAUGCUGGAGCUGGUGGAGAACCGCUCACGCCAAAUGGACUCUCACACACACUGCUUCACCGACCCAAUCGAGGAGCGCUCCCCAGGCGAGAAGAUCCGAGGAGGUGGCAGCGCCGGUGGAGGUGGUGGCGGUGCUGUGGCGGCGGCAUCAUCGGCAGGCUCCUUGCCCGAGCGAUCAGCUCGCAGGCCACGGCGCCAGCGCAACAGCGAGAGCCGCGACUCGUGCCACGGUGCCAACGGGGCGCUGGAGGACCCGGCUGAGGAGGUGCCCGCCCCGCCACGGGAGAAGAAAUCAAAGUCGGCCAAGAAGAAGAAGCGGUCCAAGGCCAAGCAGGAGCGUGAGGCCUCACCCGUGGAGUUCGCCAUUGACCCCAACGAGCCCACCUACUGUCUGUGCGAGCAGGUGUCCUACGGCGAGAUGAUCGGCUGCGACAACGAGCAGUGCCCCAUUGAGUGGUUCCAUUUCACCUGUGUUGGACUCACCUACAAGCCCAAGGGCAAGUGGUAUUGCCCCAAGUGCAGAGGCGACAAUGAAAAGACCAUGGACAAAAGCACUGACAAGCCUAAAAAAGAUCGCCGGUCAAGGUAGUGCCUUCAGUGAAAGAGGUUUGUAUGUUUAGCUGUGAGUGGGGUGGGGGAUUCGAAUGGGGUGAGUUACUUGAUGUAACAGUAUCGCAGUUCACACAAUCACAUUUGAAAGAGCACUGAAGUGGACUGUGCUGUCAAGCUAUGGACCUAUCGCAGAGAAGCUGAGACUUUACCUUUGAGGACUCAGCUGCUGUUUUUUGCCAAAGGUUUUCGAAUAGGUGCUGACACAAAACACUUUGGGAUGUAUAGUGUAGCUGGCAAAUCAGGUGACCUCCUUAUUUAACCGUCAGAAGGACCAAGAGGAAACAGAAGCUAGAACUACUGCCACCAAGAUUCUAUUUCAGAGAUUAUGUGAGAGUAUGUCCCCCACCCUCCUCACUUAACUUGGCACAGAUUUUUAGAAUGCCCUAAGGUGUUCAGCAUCACAAAUGGGCCCCCUAACAGAAGGGAACCUACAGUGUUAUGACGAGGGUUCAAGAUUUGACAAGCCUUUUUGGAUUAUGCACAAGGUUUAAGUAGAGAUUUACACUAGGUUCUGGCUCUUAAUGUCUUUUCAUCUCAUUUAGGAAGUGGAAUACUUUUCACCCUCUCCAUGUCUUCCAGACAAUUCAGUUCCACUGUUACAUAUUUUGUGUGAUUGUUUGUAAGAGAUUUUUUUAAGCUUGGUGUAUUUAAUAAACCUGUGCUUGUAUUGUC